AUGGACAGGUCAUUGGUAGUGAAACAGCAGCAUUCACUACAGCAACAAAUAUCCCCAACCAUAAUCACCACCACUAAUUCAGAGCGGCCGUGGUAUUCUUUAUUUUCAGUCAACAGCUAUUCAUCCAUCUUGCAUCAGCCGCUUGUAUCUUCUUUGGGAUCCGUUUUUGCACCAUCGUCUUCAUCAUCCUUGGAACGUACACAAAACCCAUCAUGGUGGUCAACCAUUUAUCGCCUUGGUACCAACCCAUCAACGGUGGUUCAAAUUAACGACAAUCGAAAUGACACUAGUAAUAGCUCAUUGCAGCAGCCAUCUGUGCCAGUAUACGUCGAUGUCAUGCAAUCUGCCAGUAGCAUCCUUGAUAACGACUCAUCGUUGAGCACUGAUAGCAGUAGCGUAAACAAUGGAUCAUGUGUAUCAUCUUUGGAUUGCUCUUCACUUAUCUCAACGACCUCAACAACUCCUCCAAUCAGCCCAGUCAGCCCAUGUGAUGAGCUGAUGAAGGAUCAACAGCCCAAAAAACAACACUAUCCACAUCCUUGUCAACACCUGGUUAUCAGCAUGCUAUGGAUUUGGCUUUGCGGACAUGUAGUGGUCCAAGUAGUGCUUGUCACCUCGCAGCCAUUAUCAUCACCAACGACGACCAAUAAUGACGUUCAGCCAUCGAUAAAUGAGCCCGUACCAUUGACAACACCAAGACGGGAUUCAAAAUUUGAAGAUGAGGUGGAUGUCAAAAAUAGCCUCAUGCUUGUUGAAGAAAAGGCACAUGUACCAAAAGUAGCUGAGCCAUCAUCAACAUGGGCACCAUUUACUGAAAGCGAUACCAUAUCACGAUACGCUGCCAAGCGACCCGCUGUUGCCGAUUUGUGGCAACAACAUGAACGCCAUCUCGAAGCGUAUCGCCGAUCAUUUCCCAUUCGACCCACAGAAAGACGUAAAUAUUGGCGAUCCCAGCAACAGCCAUCCACAUCAUCAUCCAUGCAGAAUGGAAACAAUGACAAAUUAAUGGCACUUGCAAAUGAGACGUUGGCCUAUUUCGAAAACACGUACGCCAACAACAGCUCUGAAGACCAUCAUCUGGAUGAUAUAAUCCAUACAUUGCGUUAUCGAGCAUUUGCAUCAUCAUCAUCGACAUCCACCUCCAUCACCAACAACACCACUAUUUAA